ACGGGGCAGGAUGGAGAGAGACACGCAUGGCGGGAUUUAUCAACGCAAAAUAUGGGAUUGCGUCAUUCCGGGGCGAUCCUUACUCUGCUCCUUACUGACUGAAAUACGUCGGCCUUCCUUCUUCCUCUACCCGGCCGCUAAGAUGGCGAACACCGUGGACCCAAAUGGCAUCAACGUAGCAGCCAUGCGCAAGGCAUAUAAGGGCGGUGAGGAAGUUUACACAGAAGACCAGCUGGUGUCCCGGGAUCCAAUUGUGCAGUUUGCAGCCUGGUUUGAAGAAGCCACCAAACAUCCUAACGUCGGAGAGGCCAAUGCCAUGUGCCUGGCUACCAGCACACCGGAAGGACGUCCCUCUGCACGUAUGGUGCUCCUGAAGGGUUACAGCAGUGAGGGCUUCAGAUUCUUCACCAACUUUGACAGCAGGAAGGGGAAGGAACUGGCUGCCAACCCUUUUGCUGCACUGUGCUUCCACUGGGAACCACUCAAUAGAUCAGUAAGGAUAGAGGGUCCAGUGGAGCGGUUGACUGACGAGCAGUCCACGGAGUACUUCCACUCUCGUCCCCGGGGCAGUCAGAUAGGUGCCACAGUCAGCCACCAGAGCACCGUCAUAGAGGGCAGACAUGUUCUGGACCAACGUGAGAAAGAGCUGAAAGAAAAGUAUGCUGAUGAGUCCGUGGAAAUCCCUAAACCUGACUACUGGGGGGGAUUCUGUCUCGUCCCAGAGGUCAUAGAAUUUUGGCAAGGUCAAACGACACGGAUCCACGACCGAAUCGCGUUCCGACGCCUGCGUGACGGCGAGACACCGGACGAGAAAUGUACCCACACCGGGGAGAACGGAUGGGUGUAUGAACGACUGUCUCCAUAGUGACUGUUUCCAUGGCAAUCUUCUAACAGCGUAUGAUGGCUUGUGACGGGGUGUGGAUCAUAGUUUCAACAUUGACCGCCGGGAAGUGUCCAUCGACCAGCUCAAACUCAAACUCUCGGAGCAGCACAGCCCAAAUGGUCUUGAUCUGGACGUACGCAAAGUUCUCACCAAUACAGCGGUGGCGGCCUGGAGAAACAAGCGACAACGUUUCAGAUACAAUCCUCAUAUAACAGGGCUCUAGCCAGCACCAGUUUUUCCGUCAAAUGCAGGAACUGUGUGGCAUGUGACAGAAAAAGUUUUAAACCAAUCUGUCACAUUUGAUGGACAAAAUUGACAAAAAUCUUGGGUAAAACAACAACCCCUC